GGGCCUCAGCGCAAGAACGCAGUUGAGGGACAUCGGCGAGCGUUGCGCGCCGGUAGCCUGUAGUCACGGAGUAAACGGCGUAGCGACACUGUUCCCGCCGGAACCAGCCCCACGGGCUUGGUCCUAUGGCGCCUACGGCACCUACGGCCGGCCCAGCGCCUCUCGGCACAGCGUGGGCUUGUUUACACGCGGCCCCAUGGCGCACGCACGCAGCGUCACGUGACGUCAUGCGUUGUCCCGGAAGUCGGCGCGGACCAGGGCGGCGGGUGGAAGCCGGUGCCGGAGCGGGAAUCGCAGCGCAGCCACCGUCGCCGCCUGGGCCAGGGUCGCCCGCCCUCCCCCCGCGAUGGGCCCCGGGCCCUGAGCGCCCGUCUGCCGCAUUUCCGCAGCGACCCCUCUGGCCGGGAUGGAGGCGCCGCCCGCCGGCCGCGUUCCCGCCGAGGGCGCCCCGCCGGCGGCCGUGGCCGAGGUGCGCUGCCCGGGCCCCGGGCCGCUGCGCUUGCUCGAGUGGAGGGUGGCGGCGGGCGCAGCCGUGCGCAUUGGCUCGGUGCUGGCCGUGUGCGAGGCCGCCGCCUCCGCGCAGCCCUCCGGCUCGGCCCCUUCCCGCGCCGGCUCGGGUGGCUGCGUACGUGCGGAGCGCAGGCUGAGGUCGGAGCGCGCCGGCGUGGUGCGGGAGCUGUGCGCGCAGCCGGGCCAGGUGGUGGCUCCCGGAGCGGUCCUGGUGCGGCUGGAAGGAUGCAGCCACCCCGUUGUCAUGAAAGGUUUGUGCGCUGAGUGUGGCCAAGACCUAACCCAGUUGCAGAGCAAGAAUGGGAAGCAGCAGGUGCCACUGUCCACGGCCACCGUGUCCAUGGUGCACAGCGUCCCGGAGCUGAUGGUGAGCUCCGAGCAAGCUGAGCUACUCGGACGGGAAGACCAGCACCGGCUGCAUCGGAACAGAAAGCUGGUCCUCAUGGUGGACUUGGACCAGACCCUGAUCCACACCACAGAGCAGCACUGCCCGCAGAUGUCCAAUAAAGGCGUCCUCCACUUCCAGCUGGGCCGGGGCGAGCCGAUGCUGCACACGCGCCUGCGUCCGCACUGCAGGGACUUCCUGGAGAAGGUCUCCAGGCUGUACGAGCUGCACGUCUUCACCUUCGGGAGCCGGCUCUAUGCGCACACGAUUGCAGGCUUUUUAGACCCUGAGAAGAAGCUUUUUUCUCAUCGAAUAUUAUCGAGGGACGAAUGUAUCGACCCGUUUUCCAAAACUGGGAACCUUAGAAAUCUAUUUCCUUGUGGAGACUCAAUGGUUUGCAUUAUUGAUGAUCGAGAAGAUGUCUGGAAAUUUGCCCCCAAUCUGAUCACCGUGAAAAAAUACGUCUACUUCCAGGGCACAGGGGACAUCAAUGCUCCCCCUGGGUCCCGGGAGUCCCAGGCGAGAAAGAAAGGCGGCCAUCCUCCUAAAGGUGCCGAUGUUGCAGAGCAGGCUCCCUCCGCCAAGGAGCCCGAGGAGGGCAGGCAGGCGGCCGGGGUCGAGCAGAGCAACGGCCUCUGCAAGCCCAUGAGGGAGCUCAAUGGGGACUGGCCCCCACCCGGCCAGGCAGAGGAGAGGGCUGCCCGACCUGCCGCCCGUGCCCCCCUGGCCGAUGGGAGGGGCGCCCCGGUGUGUGCACAACAGCACGGUCGGACAUCGGCAGAAAAGCGGCCAGCUCAGAGCGUGGCGGGCAGUGACCUGGACUUCGAGUUGUCCAGUGAUAGCGAGAGCAGCAGCGACUCGGAGGGUCAGUCCUCCGUCACCUCUGAUGGCGAAACUGGGGGGAAGAGGGGCCAGAAAAAGCCCAAGGCUGCUCGGGACGCCGGGAAGGUAGUGCCACAGAGCGGGCCCCCCGGCCCAGGUGGAGAAAGGCCGGCGGGGGCAAAUCACUCCUCAGAGCCCGUGCCUGGUGUCCAGCUGGAGCUGCAGGAGGACAGUGAGCGGGACGGCCUCUGCGGGCUGGGGGGCAGCUGUGCCGACAGGAAGGAGGCUGAGACCGAGUCCCAGAACAGUGAGCAGUCGGGCAUCACGGUGGGCGAGUCCCUGGACCAGAGCGUGGAGGAGGAGGAGGAAGAGGAAGACGCAGAUGCCGACGAUCACCUGGUCUACCUGGAGGAGAUCCUGGCCCGCGUACACUCCGACUACUACGCCAGGUAUGACCGCCACCUGCGCGGGGAGGCCCAGGAAGCCCCUGACAUCCGGAAGAUCGUCCCCGAGCUCAAGAGCAGGGUGCUGGCAGACGUGGCCGUAAUAUUCAGCGGCCUGCACCCCACCAACUUCCCGGUGGAGAAGACGCGGGAGCACUACCACGCCACGGCCCUGGGAGCCAAGGUCCUCACUCAGCUGGUGCUGGACCCAGACGCCCCUGACCGGGCCACCCACCUGAUCGCCGCGCGUGCCGGCACGGAGAAGGUGCGCCAGGCCCAAGAGUGCGGUCGGCUUCACGUGGUGAGCCCCGACUGGCUGUGGAGCUGCCUGGAGCGCUGGGAGAAGGUGGAUGAGCAUCUGUUCCCGCUGAGCGACGACUGCGGCAAGGCACAGAGGGAGGACGGCCCGACGGCCUUUCCUGACAGGCCGGGCGCACUUCCGACCACCUUGUUCCACCCAACGCCCGUCCAUCCCAGGGCCCAGCCUGGCCCCGAAGCCCGGAUCUACGACGCCAACACGGGCAAGCUCAUCCGGAAGGGCGCUGCGGGCCCCGGGCCCCCCGGCUGCCUGCCGGUCCACGCGGAGCACUCCUCUUUCAGAGCCGUUGAGCCGCAUCAGCAGCAGUUUGGUGAAGAGUGGCCAGAUAACCCAGAUGGCGAGCAGCCUGGUCCUUCUAGAAGAAAGCGACAGCCCAGCAUGUCAGAGACACUGCCGCUGUACACUCUGUGUAAGGAGGACUUAGAGAGUAUGGACAAAGAGGUGGAUGACAUCCUAGGAGAAGGCAGCGACGACAGCGACAGCGAGAAGAAGAAGCCCGAGGAGCGAGAGGACAAGGGACCUCAGCCCAGGGAGCCCAAGACCCCAGGGGCCCAGAGGCAGCACGCACUCGAGUUGAAGCCGCCCGGCGGAAGGAGCGUGGCGGAUGGCCGGGGCCUCAGAGGCCACAAGAGGAAGCUACACGAGGAGGACGCCGCCAGCGAGUCCAGCCGGGGCUCCAGCGGCGAGGACGAGGGCAGCAGCUCGGAGGCGGACGAGAUGGCCGCGGCGCUCGAGGCGGAGCUCGACCUCAUGUGACCUGCACGUCGCCGCCGGGCGAACGGUGCCGCCUUGCUCCCUUGCCGGCCCGCGACGGGUUUUCUUUUCUCCAAAAGGACGUGUGUAUUUGCAAAGUUCCACAUACAGAAACGGUAUUUUGCAGAAGUAGGUGUUUUUAGAAGCUUUACACGGGAAGGAUGGGGAAGUAGUGCACCACACCCGAGACCGGCAGCUCCACAGUGCAGCCGGGCCGGCGGUUCGCCGCCGUGGGGUGCCCUCUAGUGGCAGGCACAGCGCAGGGUGAAGGCUGGGGCGCCCGCCCAGCACCACACGGCCGUGUAGGAGAGGCCCGGCGUCUUCUGCCUUCUCAGAGCCAAAGCCACCAGGAUGCGAGAGCGUUUCCAGGUGACGCAGGGCAUCGUGUGGAUGGGCGACCCGCUGUCCCCGGGUCCCCGGGGCUCUGCUGGUGACCAGGUUCCAGCACAGGGUCCGCUCCACACAGCCUGGCCGUCUGCUCUGUAGAGAGAUCUGAUGUAAAGUUUUGUAUAUCUAUUUCUUAUUUGACCCACCAACAGCUUUUUCUUUCAUUUAAUAAAUAUCCUUUUUGUAAGCU